AUGCAAUUAUCUGAAGAAUUAUUUCAAUAUAUAAAUGAAUCGUAUAGUUAUCAACAAGAAAUUUUUUUUUUCGUUAAUGCAAAUAAUUCUGAAAAUAAUCCAUCAACAUCAUUAUAUGAAUUUAUUAUUUAUAUUUUAUCAUCAAUUGAUAUGCAUUCAGGAAUGAUUGAGAAUGAUGAAGAAUUAAUUAUGUCAUUAGUACCGAGUCAUUUUCGUUUAGUGAUUAUAAUGAUAACAACAAAUGACUAA